CAAGGUUUGUGUGGGCCUGCCCAGGACCCGUUUGUGCACCCAUAGUGACCCGACCGACCCAACAGUGCACUGCAUUUGGGCGGGAACACUCUUCAUUUUUUCUAUUGUCUUUGUAUAAUAGAAGAUUUCCUUGAACCUUAUUCUUCGCCGAACUUCAGACCCAUUUCAUCUGACAGUGAUGCGAAGAACCAUGCCGCUCUGGAUUUAACAGCCAAACUCAAUUUUGGACUGGUUUCCACUUUCUUAUCUUGCUGCUCACAAUGUAGCUCACUGAGUCCGUGAUGAGACACUUUGAAGGUUCGAGUGUUUGACAAAUUGAAGAUUCUACAUCGGUGUUGCACUUUCGUCACUUCGGAUUUCUGAGCCUUUGUAAUUAAAUGCCUUGGUGCGGUCAGGAACCAAAGGGUGACAAACAGUCAACUAAAUACAGGUCUUAUUCACAUGAAGGGGCAUUCUUUGGACAUGCGGAUUUCUCUGUAUCACAAAAGAAUAAGAAGCAGAAUAACAACCCUACUGAACUCAAACCUCAAGAAAUAAUGACCAAAAGGGAGCUUAUUUCUUCAGUUGGCUAUAUAUGGAGUUCUGCAGCUCUUCCUCUUUCAUUUAUCUUAUCGAGUGAAUGUUCUCACCGAAAUGUUGAUCCUCGGGGAAAUAGUCUAAUUAAUGUAUUCCCUGUGUGGGAUAUUCAUAUUGUGCCUUCCUUAUCUGGUGGAGGGAAAACCCUGACCCAUCUGUGCAUUGACAAAGGUGUUUCAUUGCUUUUAUCACAUAAUCUAGAAAGUUUGUGUGCUAAUAGAAAUUAUCUAUUAUUUGAAACUUGUAAUGAGAGAUACAGUUUGUGGAGAUCACUCCGCAUUGUACUGGACACGAGAAGUAAAGGCAUAGAUCUUGCCAGUCAAAGGAUAUCAUAUGAUCUAGAAAAUGUUUAUCGAUGGAUGAGCCGAAUAGCUUUGUGUAAAUCAAACUUAGGUUCUUCUUGGAUUCAAAACCACGGAUUUCAUAAUUGCUUCUCAGGAAACUCAAACACCGAAAAUACUGACUGCCACACUGAUGUAAAACCCAUCAGUUCAAUGUUAGCUCAAAAUUUAGAUCUUCAUAGUAGUGGUAGUGCCUCUGAUAUUACUUUAUGCUCAAACCAUGAUAAAGAUUUUUGUCAUGGUCUAGAAACUGGGUUGGAUGAGAAUGGUCUGAAUCAACAGUUAAAUUCGGAAUUAGAGAUUGGCGUAAUAGCUAAGAACCAAUGCCAAUCACUUGCGAAACGAGAACAUGCUUUUGCUGGAGCAAUGGCGGGUAUUUGUGUCAGCAUAUGUCUUCACCCCAUGGACACAAUUAAGACCAUCAUUCAGUCAUGUCAUGCAGAUCGGAAAUCUUUUUAUUACAUAGGCCGAUUGGUGAUCUCCGAAAGAGGCAUAAUGGGACUUUAUCGUGGAAUUUUGAGCAAUAUUGCUUCUUCAGCGCCAAUAUCUGCACUUUACACUUUCACUUAUGAAUUUGUUAAGGGAGCAUUGCAUCUUUUACUCCACACGGAGUAUCAAUCUUUAGCCCAUUGCAUUGCAGGAGGUUCCGCAAGUGUUGCUACUUCAUUCAUUUUCACUCCAAGUGAGCGUAUUAAACAACAGAUGCAAGUCCAUUCACACUAUAAAAAAUGCUGGGAUGCAUGUAUUUGUAUUAUUAAAAAUGGCGGGUUGCCAUCAUUAUAUGUUGGGUGGGGAGCUGUUCUCUGCCGCAACGUUCCACACUCAAUCAUCAAGUUCUACACAUAUGAGACUUUGAAGCAAUUGGUGUCAUCACCAGUGAAAUUUGACCUUCAAAACAACACUGUAAUGACACUUGUUUGUGGGGGAUUAUCUGGAUCUAUGGCUGCAUUGUUCACAACACCGUUUGAUGUAGUGAAGACAAGGAUGCAAACACAGGUUCCUGGUUCCAACCAGUAUGGCGGUGUUCUCGACAGCCUUAAAAAAAUAAUAAAGCAUGAAGGUCUUGCCGGUCUCUACAGAGGCCUGACUCCGCGAUUGGCGAUGUAUGUUACACAAGGUGCCCUUUUCUUCACAUCAUAUGAAUCUUUCAAAAAGUUACUUUCCUUAGAUGUCCGUCAACUUGCUGCUCAAAGGACUCAUCAAAAGUAAUGUGUUGAAGUAUAAGAUUCGGCACCAUUUUCUGUCGAAGUAUAAAUGUUGCAUAAUAGCCCCCCCCCCCCCCCCCCCCCCCCCCCCCAGGAUUCCUUUUGUUUACGCCUUGGAUUUACCCAUUUUCAGUUAUUGAGCAGUUUGAGAAGUGUAAACUUGGAUGUGUGCUCUCCGAUUCAGGUUUAGCUUAGCAGAUUUGUUUAUAAUGAUAAAGGAAAUUUAUUUGCAAUUCCAUUUUUCCUUUCCCCCCA